AAACCUUGUAGAAAUAGAAUCAACACUCCAGAGGUUGCAAAUUAUGUCCGCUUUCGGAAACUCUGUUCUGUUCCAGACCCGAUUUGGACGCGAAAUUAUGAACCCACGUGGAUCCGAAGGUCGGAACCCUAGUCCCAAAACGACAACCGUCACGUGUGCAACCCAGAACUACGACAGAGCCAAGGAGGUGAAGCGGUUCGACGACUCCAAGGUCGGAGUGAAAGGCCUUGUCGACUCCGGCAUCACAACCAUCCCCCGCUUCUUCGUUCACCCACCCGAGACCCUCUCCGACCUCAAACCCGGAUCCGAAGUCCGGUCCGGAUCCGAUCUCGUCAUCCCCGCAAUCGAUCUCUCCGGGGUGGACUCGGAUGCACGGCGGUCAGUCAUCGUCGACGAAAUCAGGCGCGCGUCCUCCAGCUUCGGGUUUUUCCAGAUUGUCAACCACGGUGUCCCGUUGGGAGUUCUGGACCGUACGAUGGCCUCCAUCAAGGGGUUUCACGAGCAACCGACGGAGAUGAAGGAACGGUUCUACAGGAGGGAGAUAGGCACCGGUGUAUCCUACAUGUCCAACGUCGACUUGUAUCAUUCUAAAGCCGCCAGUUGGAGGGACACCAUCCAGAUAAGACUGGGUCCGAAGGUGGUGGAUGAGGAUGAAAUCCCUGAGAUAUGCAGAAAGGAGGUGAUUGAGUGGGACCGAGAGAUCAAACGGCUGGGAGAGCUCUUGGUGGGGCUGCUUUGUGAGGGGCUGGGAGUGGAGGCAAAGAGGUUGAAUGAGAUGACAUGUUUGGAAGGGAGAGUGAUGGUGGGCCACUACUACCCUAACUGCCCACAGCCUGAUCUGACGGUUGGGCUCGCGUAUCACACUGAUCCAGGGGUGUUAACGGUGGUGCAGCAGGAUCAUGUUGGUGGGUUGCAGGUUAAGCAUGAUGGGGUUUGGCUGGAUGUUAAACCUGUCCCUGGAGCUCUUGUUAUUAACAUUGGGGAUUUGCUUCAGAUUAUUUCCAACGAAGAAUACAAAAGUGCAGAGCACCGAGUGUUGGCCAACUCCAAGAAUGAACCGCGGGUCUCGCUGGCGGUUUUCUUCAACCCAAGCAGUAGAGAGGACCUGUAUGGACCGCUGCCAGAGUUGAUAUCACCAGAGAAACCUGCAAUUUACCGGCAAUUCACGUUAACAGACUUCAUGACCAGGUUUUUCAAAAAGGAAUUGGACGGCAAAUCUUUGACAAAUUACUAUAAGCUGUGAAACUAUAGUUAAUAAAAGAACUUGUAAACCAUAGUUAAUAAAAGAAAACCAAUUGUUUGUCCAAAUUUCAGAUUUCAAAAAGUUAUAAUCUAGCCCUGAUAAUACUGAAAGAUCUUUAUAGUUUCUGGCAGUAUUUUCUAUUUUCUGGGUUGUAUGUAUUUGAGUAUUGAAAUGAAUUAUUUUUAUUUAUGGAAUUGUAUAGAAUUGUGAUGAAGAAUGAAAUCAGGAAUGAUUUAGAAUA